AUCUCAGGUGAAGAUAAAAUCGACUGCAUUGAUAUAUAUAAACAACCCGCAUUCCAACAUGAACUUUUAAAGAACCACAAAAUUCAGGAACGACCAUCAGAAAUUCCAAGAUCAAUCGAAACAAAAAAGAACAACAAAUGGCAGACUUGGGAAGCGCACGUUAGUACGGCCAGAUGUCCCGAAGGAACGGUGCCCAUACGAAACGACUCGAGUGUCCUAAUGCCUACUACUUCUACCGAUGCAUAUUUACAUGAGUAUGCCGUUGCAAUUACAAAAACCCCAUCGAAAAUUUACGGAGCAAAAGCUACAAUAAGUGUCUGGGAUCCACUCGUAGAAAAAGGAGACGAGUUAAGCUUAUCGCAGAUUUGGAUUACUUCAGGAAGUUACGAGAAGCACGAUAUUAACAGCAUUGAAGUUGGUUGGCAGGUUUUACCAAAUUUGUAUCAAGACAAUAAGCCAAGACUAUUCAUUUAUUGGACAGUAAGUAUUUGUUUAUAA